ACAGGAUUUAAUUCAAUCCAGAUGUUGGCCCCGCCUCAUCAGGAGUUGACUGAGACUGAGGUUCCAUACGCGGACACGGAUUCGGUUGGAGAGCUGCCUACAGGGCCAGAUCAGUUUGCUGUUCCACAUCAGGAUCUGAAUAACAACCCAGAUGAACCUCCAGAGCCCUCUGAGGAAGCUGAAAUUUCUCCAUCCCAGCAGGAGGCCCAAACUCGUCAUCCAGAGCUCACUGAGGAGGCUGAAUCUUUACCCCAGCAAGAGGCCCCUGCUCAGCAUCCACAGACCCCUGAGGAGGUUGAAUCUUUUUCACCCCAGGCAGAGGCCCGGGCUCAGCAUCCAGAGCCCACUGAAGAGGUAGAACCACCUCCACUUCAGCAGGAGGCUCCAUCUCAGCCUUCAGAGGCCCCUGAGGAACUAGAAACUACAAGUCCUCAGGAGGCCCUAGCCCAGCCUUUGGAGACACUUAAGGAGGUUGUAGUUCGACCAGUAGCACAUCAUGGGGUAAAUGAAGCUCAGCAGUCAAACUUGUACAAUGUCACUGUUAAACCUCUGGAUCUGGCAUUUACCAUAACUCCACAGGUCACAAAAGAGGCUGAACCUUCUCCAGUCCAGCAGGAGACCCCAUCUCAUCCUCCAGAGAGCCCUGAGGAGGUUGAACCUCCGCCAGUCCAGCAGCGGGCCCCAUCUCAGCCUCCAGAGCUCCCUGAGGAGGUUGAACCUUCUCUACUCCAUCAAGAGGCCCCAGCUCAGACUCCAGGGUUCCCUACUGAGUAUGUACUUCAAAUUCCAGUGAGUGAUGAGGUAGCAUCUCUACCUGGCGUUCAGCGUCACGCUCAUUCAAACUUGCCCAGUGUUACACUUCAACCUCUGGAUUUGGAACUUACCAUCACUCCAGAGCCCACUCCGGAAGCUGAAUUUCCUACAGCUCAGCAGGAGGCCCUGGCUCCACCUCUUGAGCAUCCUGAGGAGACAGAAUCUUCUCCAACCCAACAAGGGACCUCAGCUAAGCCUCCAGAGCCUCCUGGAGAGGUGGAGCCUUCAAGUGAGCGGGAGCAACCAGCUCCGCCUUCUGAGCCUCCUGGGGAAGUUGAACCUUCUCCAACCCAGCAGGAGACCACAGGUCAGCCUCCAGAGCCUCUUGUGGAAGCUGAGCCUUCUCCAAGUGAACAGGAACAACCGACUCAGCCUUCUGAGCCUACAGAGCCUCCUGAGGAGGUGAAACCAGCAACCCAGCAGGAGACCCCAGCUCAGCUUUCAGAGUCUUUUGGAGAAGCUGAAAGUUCUGCAACCCAGGAGGAAGCCUCAGCUCAGUCUCCAGAGCCCCCUAAUGAGGCAGCAUCUUCUCCAACCCAGCAGGAGAUCCCAGCUCUGUCUCCAGCGGAGACAGAACCUUCUGCAACCCUGCAGGAGCAACCAGCUCAGCCUCCAGAGCCUUCUUCAGGGGAGGUGGAACCUUCUCCAACUCAACAGGAGCAGCCAGCUCAACCUCCAGAGCAUCUUGAAAUGACAGUUUCACCUCCAAGUCACCGUCACGCUGAGCAUUCAAACUUAUCCAGUGUCGCUGUCAAACCUGCAGAUGUGGAGCUUACCAUAACAAAAGAACCCACACCAGAAGUGGGACCUUCUCCAAAUCAGCACAAGCCUUCAGCUCAGCCCUCAGUGCCCCUUACUAAUGCAGAAUUUUCUACCACCCAGCAUGAGGCCCCCACGCUGCCUUCACAGCCACCUGAGGAGGUUGAACCUUUGCCAGUUCAACAGGAGGCUUCAGCCCAAUCUCCAGAAGCCGGUACACAUAAUAAACCUUCCGUACAAGAGGAGACCCCAGCUCAGUAUCCAGAGCAUCCAGGAGAAGAAGUUACACCUGCCACAACCCAGCAGGAGACUCCAGAUCAGCAUCCACAGGCUCCUGAGGUUGUACCUUCUCCACCUCAGCAGGAAGCCACAGCUCAGCAUCCACAGUCUCCUGGUGAGGUUGAAUCCUCUCCAACCCAGUCUCCAGAGCUCUCUAAUGUGACUGUAGUUUUCUCUCCAGAGCAUCAUGUGACAACAGUUUCUCCUCUAGGUCAGGAUCAAGCUCAGCUUAUGCAGCGGCCCGAUGUCACUGUUAAACCUGUGGAUCUUGCACUUAUCGUAACUCCAGCGUUCACUAAUGAGGUUGAAACUUCUCCACCCCAACGAGAAAACUCGGCUCAGUCUACAGUGUCCCCUGAGCAGUUGGAACCUUUGUCAGUCCAGCAAGAGGUUUCAGAUCAGCAUCCAACCCCCACUGAAAAUGUUGAACCUUUUCCAGUUCAGCAGGGAGCCCCAACUCAACCAACAUACCCUGAGGUGACAUUUCCAAAUCCAGAGCAAGUUCAGGCUCAGCAUCCAACCUUGACUGAGGUCACAAUUCAACCUUUGGACCUUGAACUGACCAUAGGGCCCGAACCCACUAAGGAGGAUGAACCUUCUCCAACCAUGCAGGAGACCUUAACCCAGCAUCCAGAACCACCUAAGGAGGUUUUUGUAGCUCAGCCUCCAGUAUAUCAGAACCCAAUAGAUCCAGCACCAGAUCAGGAUCACACUGAGCCUCCAGCAUCACCCAGUGUCAGAGUUCAACCUUUAGACCAGGGGCUUACCACAACUCCAGAACCUACUAUGGAGGCUGAACAUUCCACACCCCUGCCGGAGACUAUAGUUCCUCCAACAUACCCCGAGGUGACACUUCCAAAUCCAGAGCAAGUUCAGGCUCAGCAUCCAACCUUGACUGAGGUCACAGUUCAACCUUUGGACCCGGAACUUAUGUUAACUCUGGACUCCAAUAUGGAGGAUGAACCUUCUCCAACUAUGCAGCAGACCCAAGCUCAGCCUCCAGAGCUCAUUAAGGAAGUUGUAGCUCAGUCUCCAUUGUAUCCCGAGGUGACAGUUCCAGCACCAGAUCAGGAUCAUGCUGAGCAUCCAACCUCACGCAGUAUCACAGUUAAACCUUUGGACCUGGAGCUUACCACAAGUCCAGAACCUACUACAGAGUGUGAACAUUCUACAGCCCUGCAGCAGACUACAGCUCCCCCUCCAAAACACCCUCAGGUGACACUUGCACAGCCAAACCUGACUCAAGUCACAGUUCCACCUGUGGACCUGGGAGUUAACAUAUCUCAGCAACCAAGGCCAUCUGAGACGGUCCUUUUUCCUUCGACUCAGUAUUCAGUAUCCACUGGUCUUCCUGGUGUAAAAUACACCCCAGAAAAGAAGCAGCCAGAACAGAAUGCCACCACAAACAUCAGCAUAUGUGAGCUCUGUACCUGCAAAAAUGAGACACUGUCGUGUGUUGGUCUCAGCCCAAAGCAGAAGCUCCACAGAGUGCCUGAGCCAGAGCCUAACGCCUACAACGGCACCUUCACCAUCAUAAAUUUCCAAGGAAACUCUAUUUCUUACAUUGCUGAAAGUAUAUGGAAGGCAUACCGCUGGGCUGAGAAGCUAAUUCUCAGUGAAAAUUAUUUGACUGAAUUACAUAAGGACUCCUUUGAAGGCUUGCUAUCCCUCCGAUAUUUAAAUCUUGGUUGCAAUUUACUCACAGAACUGAGCUUUGGAACGUUUCAGGCCUGGCAUGGAAUGCAGUUUUUACACAAGUUGUAA